UUAAGGAAGAAGGAAGUGGCAAGUGCCAUGCAGAGGAUGCUGUUUGAGAGUUGCUCUCUGCGAUUAGUGCAGGAAGCCAGUGAAACCAAAAAACAGAUUUUAGUGUCCGAGGCCUGCAGGAGUUUGGACUAUUUGGAUAAAAGAUUUGAUGAAGUUUUGUCCCUGCAGCAGCUAGACAAAAGCAAAGCCAUUAGUCAGAUCAUCCAAGAGGAACAAAUACAGAAGGCUGCUUUUGAGGCCCUUCAGCUCCAGAAAGACAGCGUGCACGCCUACAUCCGCAAUCAGAUUAAACUCAUAGAGGCAGAGUUAUUGCAGUUGACAAAGCUGGAGGUUAAGAGGAGGAAUUUGGACACUGAGAACCUGCAGGAGGUGCUGGCUGAGCAAAGGACAGCUCUGACUGAUAUUUUGCAACAGUUACUCAAACAAAAGGACCAAAGGGAGACCGAGCUCAAGCAGGUCCUGGUGGAGUUAGAGCAGAAGAGUGAAUCCAAUCAACAGAACUACUGGAUGAUCCAAUAUCAGAGACUCCUGGAUGCCAAACCACUGUCUCUGCGUAUGCAGGAGGCAGCUGUGGAUAGAGAGCUUGGGAAUCUACUGUGUAAACUCUCUGCUCAACAUUACCUGCCAGUCAUAGCUCACCACCGAAUCAGUGCUGAGGCCUUGCGUCACAUGACCACCAAAGACCUUUGCAAGCUGGGGAUCAAUGAGGUUGGUGUGCAGAAAGCUCUUCUUCACUGGGCCAGGGAACGCACCUAUUCUGACCCAAUGGUUAAAACAGGCCGAGAGGAAACUGGUCUGUUGUUUCCUACCGCUCAACAGCAGCUUACUCCUCCUCUGACCCCUAACACCCCCAAUACCCCCACUGCCCCCAGUCCUGAUGGACCCAGCAGCUCCGAGUGUGUGGUGUGCAUGGAGCGUGAGUCACAGGUGAUAUUUCUGCCUUGUGGUCAUGUGUGCUGUUGUCAGACCUGCAGCAAUGCCCUACUGUCCUGUCCACUGUGCCGUGCUUCUGUGUCUCAACGUGUUCGCCUCUACCUCGGCUGAAGAUGGCAAGUUUUCACCUUGAUCUAUGAUUUAUACCUCAUGCAUCAUCAUAGUUGUUCCUUCCUCCCAUGUACUGCAUGAAAUGGAUGUCUGUGAACCUUUAAGCACUUUUAAAGUUACUGGAUUGUCUCAACUCCCCCCACUGUAACUAGCCGAUCAGAGAGGAACUGCAAGACUGUCCCCUAUCAUAACCCUUUACCAUUCAAUUCAAUUAAAGCAAGAAGUAUUUGCUUAAUACGAAGAAAUAUUGAUUUAUUAACUGUUAAGCAUUAGUACUGCCCUCAAUAUACCUGCUUUAGAUAAAGCACUUGUGCCUUUUCUGUAUUUUAUAUGUACUCGUCUGUGUGCAUUUUAAUCAUUUCAAGGAUUCUCAAGCAGUUGGAUCAUCAACCACAUGUUUCUCUUACACCUUUCAUGUUACUCAAGUUUCAUAAGGAUACAAUCAGACAACCUAGAAACAUAAAAAGACAGAAAUUAUUCCAGUAUUUUGACAUAUUUAGGUUGUUGUUUUUAUAAGGAAGUUUUAUUUUGUUGUAGACACUGAAUAAGAUGAAACUUUUCAAUAUGUUUUUAUUUGACUUUGCAACACAGGAGAAUAGGAAAUAAGUUCAAGGUGAAAUCAUUUUUGACACCGUAUCUUGCUCUAUACCUCUCCACAUCACUCAGCUGGGUUUACUGUACACAUUUAGUGACUUCAUGUACUGCCCUGUUUAUUAAAUAUCUUAAUGUCUUUCUGCACUCUUAUAUGCAAGCUGCUUAUCAAGUCACUUCUUGUACAGAAUGAAACUGACAUUUUUCUGCCCAUCUGCCUGUAAGUGAAACACUGCUACGAUUUUAAGUAAUAAUCUUAUAAAUAUGUAGUAUCAGCAUACCCUCUAUCUGAAAUAUAUAUCACAAACCAUUAAUGUGAUUGCAGUGUGCAAUACAGUUUUGCUGCACUGGACAAUUUUCUGCAAGUCUUGUAGUUGCUGUACAGCUGUAAACACAGCCAUCAUUUAAAAAAAACCAUGAAAGCUUUUGCAUUUUCCAGUAGAAUUUGCAAUCUUACGUACACUACAGUGAAUGCACCAAAAAUUGUUAGACUAUACUAGAAUACAAGUAUAUAAACUAGUUCUUGUUAGUAACUUGGGUAGGCAUUGUGCAGUUUUGUAUUUUUAUUUGGGUUGGGGUUAUUUGUUUCCCCACAAAUAGCACUGUAUCUGACAACAGUGAGAUUGUAUAAUAAUGUUAUGUAUUUACCAUAAACAUGCUGCCUUUACUUGUUUUCCUUUGUCCAUACUGUAUAUUCAUGAUGUAGUGUUAUUUCUCAAGUUCUGUAUUUUUACCCAACCCAUCAUUCACUCUAAAACGGCUGGGUUAUUUUUGACCCAUAAUGGGUAAAUAUUGGGCAGAACACACUGCUGGGUUAAAAUUGACUCAAUGUUGGGUUGUUUAACGCAACUGCUGGGUUAUUAUACCCUAUGGUUGCAUAAAAUUAGCAUUUUUAACCAAGCAUAAGGUCAUUUAAACCCAGAAUGUGUUCUGUCCACUAUUUACCCAUUAUGGUCAAAAAUAACCCAUACAUUUUUAGAGUGUAUCUGUUGAUAUACUAUUUUUUGUUUUUGUUGUGUGUGUGUUAUUACGGCUGUCAAGACUUCUGCAAAAUAAACUUCACAUUUUGCAUGACUUUAAAUAAACUUGAACAUGAAUUUAAAUAAAGAAUAAUAUUAGAUACAUUUAUUGUAUAUUUACCAAUCAUGUUUUCCAUUUGUUAAUACCUGACUUGCAGCUUUUCCGAUUG